UUCAGAUCAAAUCGCCACAUUUACAAACUUCCUAGUGAGUGAUCAACAAAGUACAUUUACUUGCUCAGUCAGCAAACCAACAUUUCGUGAACAACAAGAGGUUUUAAGGUCAGAAAUAUUUCUAGCACAAGUACGCAUACAUGUAGUCUCAUUUAUUACAAUGCUUCAAGAAUUCCUUUGAAAUCGAGUGAAAACAAGAGCUGGCAAGAUAAAUUCCGGAACGGAAAAGUGACAGCCCGAGCUAGCCAGCGCUCGAGACCAUCAUCAACGUGAAGAGGAUGUGGUUGUGUUGAAAGCUGCAGUCUGAGAUCGAGCUAGACAGAUGCAAGCCAGAGGUUGAGUCGGAGACAAAACGCCGAGCAGCUUCCAGGAACACGGAAUGUAGUGGACUAGGUAAUAAAAGCUGGGGACUUUUUGAGUGGCAGCUGGUGAGUUUCCUCUCUAGUGGUUGCCGGGGGCGAUGAGGGUGCGUUGCUCCCGGAAGCUGGGCCUCCUAGCUAAGUCCUUCUUCCUGCUGUGGGUGCUGUGGCUGGGCUACCUGCUCCUGGUCCGUUCCGCCUCCUCCUCCACAGGGAACGAUGGAGGGGAGGACGGAGGGGGCCGCAGCCUGCUGGUUAGGCACUUAGCCCCCGUGGAGGAACAGGGGAGCGAGCAGCUGGCCAGGCCGGUGUACGUGAAAGCGCCGGCGGAUGCCAACGCUCCCGGGGAAUGGGGCAAGGCCACCAGGCUAAACCUCAGCCCGGAGGAGAAGAAGCAAGAGGAGGACAGCGUGGAGAGAUACGCUAUUAAUAUCUUUGUCAGCGAUAAGAUCUCUCUGCACCGACACAUCCAGGACAACAGGAUGAAGGAAUGCAGAGCUAAGAAGUUUGACUACCGUCGUCUGCCGACCACGUCCGUGAUCAUAGCGUUCUACAACGAGGCCUGGUCCACCCUGCUCAGGACCAUCCACAGUGUUCUGGAGAGCACUCCUGCUGUCCUCCUGAAGGAGAUCAUUCUCAUAGACGACUUUAGUGACCGAGUCUAUCUGCAGUCUCAGCUGGAGCAGUACAUCAGUAACUGGGAGCGUGUCCGCCUCAUCCGCACCAACAAGAGGGAGGGGCUGGUCAGGGCGAGGCUCAUCGGCGCCACCUAUGCCACAGGGGACGUAUUGACCUUCCUGGACUGUCACUGCGAAUGUGUCCCCGGCUGGAUCGAGCCGCUCUUGGAGAGGAUUGGAGAGAAUGAGAGCACCAUCGUGUGUCCGGUGAUCGACACCAUCGACUGGAACUCGUUUGAGUUCUACAUGCAGACAGAUGAGCCCAUGAUCGGAGGCUUUGACUGGAGGCUGACCUUCCAGUGGCACUCCCUCCCUGAGGUCGACCGCAAGAAACGCAAAUCCCGCACCGAACCCAUCAGGUCUCCUACCAUGGCUGGUGGACUGUUUGCUGUGAGCAAGGCCUACUUUGAGUACCUGGGCACAUAUGACAUGGGCAUGGAGGUGUGGGGAGGAGAGAACUUGGAACUGUCCUUCAGGGUGUGGCAGUGUGGAGGUUCUCUGGAGAUCCACCCCUGCUCCCAUGUGGGCCACGUCUUCCCAAAGAAAGCCCCCUACGCCAGGCCCAAGUUCCUCCAGAACACGGUCCGUGCUGCCGAGGUGUGGAUGGACACAUACAAACAGCACUUCUACAACAGAAACCCCCCUGCCAGAAAGGAGACAUAUGGGGACAUCUCAGAGAGGGUUGUCCUCAGAGAGAGACUGAAAUGUAACAGCUUUGACUGGUACCUGAAGAACAUCUACCCUGACCUGCAUGUACCAGAGGACAGGGAGGGCUGGCACGGGGCGGUGCGUAGCUCUGGGAUCCAUUCAGAGUGCCUGGACUACAACGCCCCGGAACACAGUCCCACGGGGGCGCACAUCUCCCUCUUUGGUUGCCAUGGGCAGGGCGGCAACCAGUACUUUGAGUACACGACUCAUAAGGAGAUCCGCUAUAACUCUGUGACGGAGCUGUGUGCCGAGGUCCCCGAGGGACAGACUUACAUUGGGAUGAAACACUGCCCCCAUGACAGAACCCCUACACCCCCCACCAUCAUCUGGGAGUUCAGAGAGGACGGGACCAUAUACCACCCUCACUCAGACAUGUGUGUCACCUCCUACCGCACAGCCGAGGGGCGAGCGGACGUCCAGAUGAGGACGUGCACUGCCGAGGACAAGCACCAGCGCUGGAAGUUUGAGAAUGGGAGGAACUAGCCUCACCCUAACCCUAAUUGACCUUUGACCUAAGUGCAAUUACAGUUCCACGGUGGACGAUUGAGAGGCAGGAUUUUUAAAGAGGGACCCAGCAAAGCCCCUCAGCAAACUACCUACUUGUUCCCUGUGGGAAGACGUCCUCAUUUAAAGUGCCUUUGCAAACCAAGUGGGGUCCACACCUGAGGUGACAGUAUUUAUGUCCGUCUGUCAGAAUGACCUCGUUUUGUUGAUCUUUCCUUCCUGUCACUAUGUGGGCUGAAAAACAAUAAGAAAGCUUGAAGGAACAGUCCAGGAUUGUCUAGUGGUGUCAGAUCUAAAAGACUGGUUUCAAAGAGGAUCAAUGGCAGGGAUCAUGGGAGUUUUGUUUUUUAAUUCAGUGGGAUCGGCAUAGAUUCGAACAAGUACUGUUGCACUACAGAAUGAUUUUAUAGAAUAUUUUGGUGGUGUUUUUUUUACAGGUAGACCACAACAAAAUAAUUGAAUGGUGUUGUCCUUAAAAUAAGAUAAAAAAGUUUAGUACAUUAAAACGAUUCAUUUAGAGGUCUAAAUGAUUACUCUUUUCUAUGUGUGGUUAAUCUGAGGUUUGCAAUUCAAAGAUAACCCUUUGAGAUAGCUGAAUAAGUCCCAAAGCUUUGUAUCAUAUGAGACUUAUCUAUACAAGCCCCAUCUUGUUGUUUAUGUGGAGUUAAGAGGACCCUGUCGUGCUAGUAGGCUGUAUGUGUUCUACUCACCAGCGUCCGUCUCUCUGUUUGGAGACUGUUCAAAGUAGGUUGAAAUCGGGCUAUUCGAACAAGACUUGAAACACUUAAGCUUGUGCUAAGUGCAAUUUUCCAUUGCCUGAGGAUGGUGGGAUGUCUGACAUUGUUUUCUGGGAGUCUUCACUGUGCUGUGGAUUCAAAAACUGAGGCACAGUUAAAAAAAUUGGGCAGAAUUCUUUUACACAUAUUUUAAUCUUUAAAAAAUAAAUAUAAAUCGAAUGUGCCUAACAUACAAUUAUAAAGAUGUUCAUUUGACUUUCAUAGUGGCAAUAUUCUCAUAUAAGUCUUGGUCUAUAGCAAUGUUGUCUGCUCUCUUCCAAGGCCUCACCAUUGCAACUAACACAAGCAUGUCACAGCAUUGCUUACUUGUAGCAUUUAUACUGUAUCAUGCAUCAAUUGCUGAUCUCUCAAGGGAUUGAUUCUCUUAAACCUGCCACACAACAGAUUCCCUUGUCUUUGACAGACUUACAUCAACACCUGCACUCUGCUCUUACUCUCUCUCCUAACCUGAACCUUUCCUAUAAUAUCAUGUUCCCUUGAUUGGGAUUCCAGAACCACAUUAUGGCCUUAAUAACAAUGAUUCCGUGUUUGUUGCUAUUGAAGUGCUUAUUGAAAUCAGUUGUACCGCCGCAGACUGGUUUUCCUAAUGGUCUUUUUGUGGUCCUUUGCACGAGGGCAUUUUUUUUUCAUAUCAAAUAUUUGUAAUGAUUGUUUGAUCAUUCAAAAUGACUCCAGCUUAAUAGGAUAUUUCUUGGUAUAAAGGGACCUGAAUGGGAUGUGGCGUAUUUAAACUACUGAACUGAUUUAAUAAGCACAAGAGGUGGUGGGGAUUAUUGUUUGUACCAGUGAAGAAUAAAAGGGUCAAAAUAAAA